AGGCAAAGGUUACUUUCAGAUUCCUGUGCUCUUCCUGGUUCCAGCGAUGGCGACUGCUAGUGUGAGAUCUGAGCUGAGCUGCCCCCUGUGCCGGGAGAUCUACACCGACCCUGUAACCCUGCCCUGUGGCCAUAACUACUGUCGGGUCUGUAUUGGGAGAACGUGGGACUGGCAGGAGGGGAUAGAGGAGGAUCCUUCCUGCCCUGAAUGCAGAAAAACAUACAGGAGACGCCCGGAACUGAACAGGAACCUGAGGUUGCAUAGUGUAGCAGAGCGAUUCCGUCCUACUGACCCGGAGCAGGAAUGUUCUGGGAUAUUCUGCACUUACUGUGACUCCCCGGUACCCGCGGCUAAAUCCUGCCUGCACUGUGAGGCCUCUCUGUGUGAUUAUCAUGUGAGGGAGCACAGCCGGGCAGCAGAACAUGUACUUACUGACCCCACCGCUUCCUUUGGGCACAGAAAAUGCUCCGAACACAAGAAAAUCUUGGAGUUUUACUGCCCUGAGGAUGGGGCCUGUGUCUGUGUGUCCUGUAGGCUGGAGGGAGACCAUGUGGGCCACAGGGUGGAGCCGCUGAGUGAGGCCUCAGAGAAGAAGAAAGAGAAACUGAGGGAAGUUCUGGUGGAACUGAGACCAGAGAGAGAGGAGACUGAGGGGCAAAUCCAGAGGCUGCAGGAGCGCUUGAGGGAAGUGCCGGGGAAAGCAGCUGGUAACACAGAGAGAGUCACUGCCCUGUUUAGGGACAUCAGGGAACAGCUGGAAGCCCUAGAGAAGCAGCUCCUGAGGGACAUCUCUUGGGAACAAAAGAAGGUUUCCCUCAGACUCAAUGAUUGGAUCCAUCAGCUGGAGAUAAAGAAGGACGAGCUGUCCAGGAAGAUCCGGCACAUUGAGGAGCUGUGCAACAUGGCGGAUCCACUCACUGUCCUACAGGCACCGGAACCUCAUGGGGCUGAAUUUCAUGUUCCUGAGAUUUGUUUGGAACCAUUCAUGAAAAAUAUAUUUCAGCGAAAAGCAACAAUCUCUGGUCAGGAUACACCUGGGCAGCAAGAGAGAGACGCUAUAAGGAUCCCUGUCCUACAGGCACAGGAUUCUGACACUGACACUUCUGACAAUGAUGGGAGUGAUAACAAGAACAGGGGGAUAUAUUCAUUAUUCACUCACUUAAUGCCAUAUGGCUAUCUGGGAAGAGCAUUUAAGAAGAAGGUCCCGGCUGUAGGGGAUCUGGAUGUGGAUCGGAUCUCAAAGACAUUACUCUCAGGCUUAGCUGAUAUAGUGACUUGGGUUAGGUGGAGGGGUACACGCACAUUAGUGGAACGCAGUGCAGCCCCAAAAUAUAACUCUCUAUUCCCAUACUCAGCACAUACUAAUGACAGGGCCGGCAGCAAUGAAAGCAACAGUUCUACUUCAGAAAAUGAAUACUGGGACAUGGUGGGUUGUUAUACUGGUAGGGGGUCAGCAGAAGAUAGAGGUCUGUGGGGCCAAUGAAGCAAGAGCAUGUAGGUGGCCCUUUAAUACCCCUGCAGCAGCAUGGAGGCAGGACCACCAUUGGGGGGGACAGGGGGCACAGUUGUGCUGGGCCCUGUGAAAUUGUCUUCCAUAAGGGGGUCAUUUGCAUCAUAAAACUUACACAAAUUGUGUAAGUUAUGUGUAUAGUUACACCAGAACUUACAGCUGUCUGCCCCCAAAGUAAAUUUCACUGCCCCCAAUUAA